AUGGGUUUCAACGCCGCCUGCUUCGUCUUCGGAGGACUUCUAUACUUUCUCCUUCAUGGAAUAAACCAACGCUUUAUCCGUCGGCGGCGUCAAGGACCAUAUCCCCCCGGACCAAAGGGAUGGCCAAUUAUUGGGAAUUGGUAUGACGUUCCAAUCGAACAACCAGGCCGAACGUAUUUGGACUGGGGGAAGCCUUACAACAGCGAUAUGGUUCAUACCGAGGUCUUUGGGCAACACACUGUCGUCGUCAACUCUAGAGAAAUCGCCGAUGAGCUGCUCGAAAAACGUGCGAGGAACACCUCUGGACGACAGUACAUGCCUAUCACUCACCUACUGGAUUGGGACUACAACAUCGCCCUCAUGUCCUAUAGCGACGAAUGGCGAAAGCACCGUAAAGCAUGCCAGCAGCACCUCAACCGCGACGCGGCAAGGUUGUUCCAGCCGAUCCAAAUUCAGAAAACCCACGAGAUGCUUCUAGGGCUGCUUCAUUCGCCGGAGAAUUUCGAAGCACACAGCAGAGUGCUGUCUCUCGCCAUUACCAUGGACAUGAUGUACGGCUACCAGCUUAAAACGCUCGAAGAUCCUGUGGUCUCAGCAGCGGAGAGGGCUCUUGAAAUUGGAAAUCCGCUUUAUUCCAUUACGGGAAGCCUCAGAACUGCCCUGGAAUCCGCUCAGUGGACGGCACAAAUGAAGCGCAUUCCCUUGGAUGACAUCAACCGGCGAAUGGCGGAAGGCAGCGUGACGCCGUCUCUGCUGACACAGUUCUUGGAGAAGAAGGCCACGAUCGGAGCUUCUGCAGAGGAGGAAAAGAUAAUGAAGAACGUAGCUUACACGGUCUAUGGAGCUGCCUCUGAUACGACUAUAUCGGCGACGGGCACCUUCUUUUACGCGAUGGCCAUAAGCCCUGACGUACAGAAGAAAGCACAGGCCGAAAUUGAUCGCGUCGUCGGUACAAACCGCCUGCCAGACUUUACUGACAGGCCAUCGCUUCCCUACAUCGAGGCCAUCUAUCGAGAAGUCAUGCGCUUUUGCCCUCCUCUCCCAAUUGGUCUUAUGCACACUCUCGCUGAGGAUGACGUCUGUGGAGGCUACUUCAUUCCGAAAGGAACGCAAGUUUUCCCAAAUAUUUGGGCUAUCACUCAUGACCCGAAUACCUACAAGGACCCACACAUAUUCCAACCGGAACGAUUCUUCAACGAAGAUGGCACUCUGAACGACGACCACCGAGUACUUGCUUAUGGAUACGGACGAAGGGUUUGCGUUGGCAAAUAUGUCGCAAGCUCCACCAUGUGGAUCACCAUCGUAUCCGUUCUGGCUUGCUACAACAUCGGAAAGGCUAAAGAUGAGCACGGGAACGAGAUCGAGAUUAAUGAUGAAUAUGUGGACUCGGGCCUUAUUCAGUUCAAGAAGCCGUUCAAAUGCUCCAUUACUCCGCGUUCGAGCUUAAGCCGGAAAUUAAUUGAAGAGGCCUUAUCAGAGUACAAGUAA